AUGACGAAGAGCGAGAUUGAAAAUCGAAAAUCACGCCAUAUUGAAGAAGAAAAAAGAGAAGCAGGUUUAUCCUCUGCAAUUACAAGUUCCAAUAAAGGUUUUGAAAUGCUUAUGAAAAUGGGUUAUAAACCUGGUCAAGGCAUAGGUAAAACAGAAUCAGGAAGAACUGAACCAAUUGGCCUUGAAGUAAAAUUAGGCAGACAAGGUUUAGGAAAAGAAAUCAAGAAAAAAGAAAGAAAAAAUAAGGAUAAUUCAUGUAAUGAUAAGUUAGAUAACAAAAACAUGAAAGAUUUCCGUGGUAGAAUUGCACAAAAAAGAACAGAACAGUUAUUAAAAAUAGACUUAUAUAAAAGUCAAAAAAUAUGUGAACAAUUAGAUACACAACAAAAAUUAGAAAAACCUAUAGAAGCAUGGUAUUGGUUGCCUCAAGAUAAUGAAAGCAAUAGUGAAGACAGUAGCAGUGAAGAAGAUGAUGAAUCUUUUUCUGUUGAUGAAAAACUUGAAAUUUUAACAAAAUAUUUAAGAAAAAAACAUUUUUACUGUAUCUGGUGUGGAGUAGCAUAUCAUAAUGAAGAUGAUUUAAGAGACAAUUGUCCAGGAAAUACAAGAAAUGAUCACUGA